AGACAGAGAGAGAGUGAGGGAGACUCUGCAUGGAGUGGAGGAUCGUGCAUCAGUCCAUUGGCGCUCAAAUGGGUAAUUGCGCACACAGCAGCCUGAACUAUAGCGGCGACUCCAACUACGACCCAAGAGUGAAUCCGUCCUGUUUCUGAGCGCCAUCCGCAGAUGAGCGGCUUUUGGAGCGCUGCGGACAACUUGCAUUUUGCUUGUGCAAGUGAUGCUCAGUAUGCGGACCGAUCCUGAAGCUGCAUGAACUGCGACUGAGAGCAGUUUAACGCGCUCCCCUGAGGAUUACUCCUUCCCUCAGUUAACGAUGGGUUCCGUGAUGUUGGACUGGAGGUUAUCAUGUCUUCUUCUGCAUGCAGCCGUUUUGCUGCUGCUCAGCAAGGGGGAGAGGAUGUGCCCUGCCAGUUGUCGCUGCGAGGGAAAGAUUGUUUAUUGCGAGUCUGGCGUCUUCCAAGACGUUCCGGAAAACAUCACCACGGGAUGCCAAGGUCUGUCUCUGCGUUACAACAACCUGCUGGUUCUGAUACCGUACCAGUUCGCUCAUCUCAAUCAGCUCAUCUGGCUUUACUUGGACCACAACUCCAUCAGUGCCAUCGAUGCUUUAGCCUUCCACGGCGUGCGCAGACUUAAGGAACUGAUCCUCAGCUCCAACAAAAUAAGCCAUCUGCACAACAACACAUUCAGUGCCAUACCAAACCUGAGAAACCUGGACUUAUCCUACAAUCAGCUGCAGUCUCUGCAGCCAGGACAUUUCUACGGCCUGCGCAAGUUACAGAAUCUCCACCUUCGAUCUAAUGGGCUGAGGCAGAUCUUCAUCCGCACAUUUCUGGAAUGCCGCAACCUGGAGUUUCUAGAUUUGGGUUACAAUCGCUUGCGGAGCCUCACCCGCACAACAUUCUUAGGGCUGUUUAAGCUGAAAGAGCUUCAUUUAGAGCACAAUCAAUUUUCUAGGAUUAAUUUCUUUAUUUUCCCACGCCUUAGCAACCUCCAGGCUCUUUAUUUGCAGUGGAACCGUAUACGAUCUAUCAAUCAAGGCGUGCCAUGGACUUGGCAAAAACUUCAGAAAUUGGAUCUUUCAGGGAAUGAGAUCCAAAUCUUGGACCCAGCUGUUUUCCAGUGUAUGCCGAACUUACAAAUCCUGAACCUUGAAUCCAACAAGCUGAGUAGUGUGCCUGUGGAGGCUGUAGCAGCUUGGACCUCCCUGACCACCAUCAGCCUGGCGGGAAAUGCUUGGGACUGCAGCCCCAGCAUCUGCCCUCUCAUGGGAUGGCUCAGAACCUUCAGAGACUCCAAAGACAUCACCAUGAUAUGCAGCAGUCCCAAGUCUGUGCAGGGCGAAAGAGUGGUGGACGUCGUGAGGAACCACUCGACAUGCAUGGACAUGUCAAACGUGUUCUCAACCACAGCUCUCAUCACUCUAAGUUCAGUUCAGUUUGUGAACUUCACAACUGGCACAUCUUCUGCCGAUAUUACCGACCCGACUCGUACCGAGUCACCUGCACAGAGAUUAACCACCUCAUCUGUCCGUCCUGUAGGAACUGACAGAAAGACAGCAGAGUCCACAACGAUGAGCUCUACAUCCCACAUCUCUCCUGAAACCCCCACAUCAUUAAUCCCAGAGCUACCAUUUGAACAUAUGGCUUUCCAUAAAAUUAUUGCGGGCAGUGUAGCUCUGUUCCUGUCAGUGUCAUUGAUCCUUCUGGUUAUUUAUGUCUCGUGGAGGCGCUACCCCAACACCAUGAGGCAGCUGCAGCAGCACUCAGUCAACCAUAAGCGCAGGAAAAAGACCCGCAAGCAAGAGCAGGAUCUUAACUCUCAGUUGCAAGAGUACUAUCUGAGCUACCACUCAAACUCAGAGACAAUGGACUCCUUGGUGAAUGAGCCGAGGCCUUGCACGUGCACUAUAUCAGGAUCAAUAGAAUGUGAGGUCUGAGCUGCCCAUUCCACCUUAAGAGACAUAAAGUGCAAUUGCUAAGCAGAGGUAAAUGGUUUUUUCCACAAGAUUAAGUGGUUUUAUCUCUAAUAUGAGAUGAUAGAUUCUGCAGCACUGAGAAAAAUACUGGGGGGCAUAGUACAAUAUAAUUAUGUGCACAGAAAUGAAGAUUGGAAUGGAGAGAUAUAUUUGGAGAGAGCUCAUUAUCACCCUGACCAGCACGAGAAGCGUUGUGGGGUCAGCCGCGUUGGCUGUGUAUGAUCUAACUUAACGACUGGACCUCUGCUACAGUAAAAGUCAGCUCUGUAGAGAGACUGACCUUAUUCUUAGUCUUAUAUCGCCAUAGAACAUAUGAGCCAACAAAGCCACCUUUUUACUUGCUAGGUUUUUUUAUUUGUGUGUUGUUUUUUUUUUUUUUUAUUAUGUAGCUUGUAAAGCCUUUAGGAUGUAUGUGAGUGUAUGUGUGGGUACAAGUGUUGCAGGGAUGAGCUGAUAAUCCCCCGGUUUACUGACAUCUGGUUGGAAGAUUUACGGUGUUGCACCUUAAUCUCACAGAUAUUAUAUGUCCAAUUGAAUUAUUUGGGAUUUAACGUACUAGUGCAGCUAUUAGCACUACCAUAAGAGGUGGGGGAACAAUCACAGAGAGAGCAUCUUGUCCUCAGAUCAUUUGCAUGAAUCCAUUCUCCUUUCUUAGAUGCUUCUCUCUUCUGUAAAAUGAUCAGUUCUAACUGACAAAACGAAAAAAAAAUAUAUGUAUAUGUGUGAAUUUCAGUUUUAUGUGGAACAAGCCACAGGCAGUAAAUUAACAAUAUUGAAAACCUAUGAGUCUAAUCUCAGGAUUGAUAUUUUCCAAGCUGUACAAAUCUGUCAGGUCCAAUGAAGGCCUUGUGUGUGUCAAAAGUAACAAUGUUGAUUUUCAUAACAAAUUUUGUAUUGAUUAUUCCUGUCAUUAUAAUAAUGCAUUGUUUGUGUAAAGGCAUAAUAAUAUGGGUACUAGGCAUUGUAUGUGAUAAUGACUGUAUAAUUAAAAGAAACAACAACUAAUGAAAAUGUGUUUUUGAUGAGACCAUCAAUGACUGCAGCAGCACAUGGAGGAAAAAAAGAAGAAAAAAGAAGCCUAUUGUAAUCCAUGCAUUAUGCUGUGGAUGCUGGAUUUGCUGCUGCAUGUGAGGGGAGCUGACAUAUUUUCACGUGUCUUUCUUUUCUUCUCUCCUCUGCUGGCACUGAAACAUCAACAACAGUAUUGAUAGU